CACUAUUUGUUCCAGCAGAGACACGAACUGACGCGUUGGGAUAACUUUAAGAAAAGUUUUUUCGGUUCCCUUUGGAGGUGGGGAAGGUGGGGAGAACGAGUCGUGACGGAGGUUUGGCCGCGAUGUCCGAGCCAGACAAGAAGGAGGACAUUCCUGAUGGGUCCGCAGGAACUGGAAUCCCGAACGGAGGAAAUGCUGCAAAAAGCAAAGAGGAUUUUGCGCUGGCCUCCAUCUAUGUGUCGGAUGCUCAGUACAACAGGAACAUCUACUUUGACACGUCGCCUCAGGCUGUGAGGCUUUAUCUGCGCUACAAUCACUGGAUCCCUAAGGUGCUCCUCCUCUUCUUUAUCGUGGUGAAUCUGUGUCUGGCCAUCUUCGAGGAGCCGGCUUUCUUCCUUCUGCCAGUGGUGUGCACCAUGCUGGUGGAGCUGCUCUGUCUGCUGGUCUUCGCCCUCCGACUCACCCACUACGCCAAAGUGAUUCCUCGAGACAAGUUCUGGAAAGAUCCCAAAAACAUCUGCAUCAUCGUCAUACUUGUGCUCACGCUGGUGGACAUGAUCAUCUACGGCGCGCUGGAGGCCACCGGCUGCCGCGCCGUCCGCUGGUCCAGAGUCCUGCGGCCGCUGCUCCUGGUCAACGUCACGGAGGGACGGCAGCUCCGCAGAGCGUUCAGAAGCAUCCGGAACGCUCUGCCUCAGAUCUUCUACGUCUUCCUGCUCUUCAUGUUCAGCCUGCUGAUCUUCUCCCUCAUGGCGCUCAAACUGCUCAGCAAACGAGGUCUGAAGACCAUCGAUGGGGCUCCGUACUUCACCAACUACCUGCAGAUCGUCUUCGACCUGUACGUCCUCGUCACCACGGCCAACAGCCCCGACAUCAUGAUGCCGGCGUACAACAACAGCUUCGUCUUCGCCAUCUUCUUCAUCCUGUACAUCCUCAUCAACACGUACAUCUUCAUGUCCGUCUUCUUGGCCGUCGUCUACAACAACUACAAGAAAUACCUGAAGGAGGAGGUGCGGCAGCUGGUGAGGACCAAGCGGCACAAGAUGGCGCGCGCGUUUGCCGUGCUGCAGGAGGCGCGGGCGGAGGGCGGGGAGCCGGUGGUGAGCCAGGCCAACUGGAACCAGGUCGUCAAGCUGGUUCAGCCCGGCAUCAGCAACGCGCACAGGGAGCUGCUGUGGAGCGUCGCCGACGACAACAACCAGGGCUGCAUUGGUAAGCUGGCGUUCGUCCAGCUGGCCGACCUGCUGAACAUCGAGGUGAUCACGCUCAAGUCGAGACCGCACCCGCUGGAGAGCGCCUGCCCCGCCUUCUACCGGUCGGCCCCCAGCCGCCUCGUCUGCCGCCUCGUUCAGCACCGGGCCUUCGUGAUCGCCUACGACGUGAUCAUCCUGGUGAACGCCGUGUUCAUCGGUCUGGACGAGGAGAAUCCGCUGAUCGCCAACUCGGAGUGGGCUUUCCUGACCCUCUACCUGCUGGAGAUCCUGCUGAAGCUCUACGUGUUCGAGCCCAGGUCCUUCUUCUCCAGGCACAACUUCUGGAACUGGUUCGACACCAUCAUCGUCAUCUCCGCUCUCAUCGCCACCAUCGUCAACUCCGCCCUGAUGUCCUCGGGAAACUACACCAGCCGACAGAUCCUGGACAUCGUCUUCAUCCUGCGGGUCCUCAGGCUGAUCCGCGUGUUGGACAGCAUCCAAAGGUUCCGCGCAAUCAUCAACACCCUGAUCCGGAUCGGACCGGCCAUCCUCACGUUCGGACAGCUGAUUAUCGUGGUGUACUACAUCUUUGCCAUGGUGGGGAUGGAGCUGUUCAAGGGGAAGGUGAAGUUCUACGAGGCGAACUCCAGCGACCCGGCGAAGGCGUACUGCGGGAACGAGCUGCUGAAAGGAACGGAGUUCGCGCAACUAAACUACUGCAAGAACAACUUCAACAACGUGGUGUCGUCCUACAUCCUGCUGUUGGAGCUGACCGUGGUCAACCAGUGGCACGUGCUCAGCAGCGGCUUCGCCGCCGUCACCCACGCGUCGGCCAGGCUCUUCUUCAUCCUCUUCCACAUCAUGGUCGUCAUUGUCAUCAUCAAUAUCUUCGUGGCGUUCGUCCUGGAGGCGUUCUUCGUGGAGUACUCGGUGGAUAAGAGCGACCUGCAGACGUCUCUGGAGAGGAAGAUUGAGGAGCUGGAGCUGGCUGUGGCGCAGGAGAAGUUGGAGGAUAACUUGGUGAACGCCAUGGAAACCGCCGACAACGAGCAGGGACCCGGCCAAUCGGCAAACAACAAAUCCGCCCUGAAGUUCAAAAUCGCCUCAAAAAGAUAUCGGACCGUGGACGCUCUGCUGCAGCGGAUGUUCGAGGCCGACCUCGACCCCCAAGACUUCGCAGAGAACGACGACGGCAACUUUGCAAACCCGGCGUUCAGCCCCGCGUAGACGUGAAUGUACAUUCAUAUACAUUCAUAUACAUGUAUGAAGGGAACCAGAUUCUAUAAACUAUACAUUUUUUAUACCCAUAUAUUAAAUCUCAUGUUCAUCCAGUGUUAUGUUUAUGUUUCCUGUAGCUUACGCCGUUCAAGUUUUAUUUAUUUCUGACCUCAUUGUGGCAGAAACACAAAAAAUGACUAAACCAGUAGGUUUUUUUUAUAGAACAAGGUUCACAGAUUCAGCAGUAAGCUAAAUAUCAGGAGAAAUAUAAAUGCAUUUUGAAAUUAAAGGAAUAAACUGUUGUAAGAAAGAAAAUUUUGAAUGUUUAAAUUGAGGCUUUGAUACUUUAGUUAGUCCAGCUGCACGUUGUACUCUGUUUAUAGUGAAAGGGACUAAAGGCAAAAUGUGAAUGUGUAAAUUUGAAAUAAUGUCAUAUUUUAUUAAUAAAAAGACGAGAACAAUAUCUGCAAAUAA